AUGAGUGACGAAGAAAGAUCCACAAAAGACUCCCUCCCUCGCAAGCGAUCCAAAGUCUCGAGGGCUUGUGAUGCUUGUCGACGUAAGAAAAUCCGUUGUGAUGCCGAGUUUCUGCAAACGCUCCAGAAAGUGACGAAAAUAUGCACCAAUUGUGUGAAAAACGCUGACACAUGUACUUUCUCCAGAGUUCCUUUGAAACGUGGGCCCUCCAAGGGUUACAUCCGGGAUUUGGUUGACAAAAUGGACGACCAGUCCUCUGGUUACCCCAACACACACCACACGUCAGUGUUGAAGCUCGAGGGAAGACCUCGACUGAAAUCCGUUGAUGCUUCUAGGCCCGAGUCCAUAGCUCCUACGAUCCCAACAGGCUCGCCUCCCAAUUCCGAACAACGCUCAGGAUCCGUUUCUUCCGUGUCGUCGUCCCUGCUGGUCCCCACAAAGCCUCUUUUGCACCGCCUGACAUUUUCCAACGGAAAAUCCUCAUCUUCCCCCAUCAUCCUCCCGCCACUCCUCGGUCCACAGCCCUCGAAGCAACCGGUUAAGCUCUCGGUACCGGUGCAAAAGGUGCCCUCUGGGAACUCAGUUCCACUAAGCCCCCAUGGCAGUGCCCCGUUGGAGUCGAAGGACCAGAAGAUAAGAGGUCCCUUGUGGACGGUUCCAUACGAAAUGCCAAAUGCCAACUCACAUGGCCUGGAUAAUUCCUCCACCAACCUGCGAAACGGUCUGGCAUCCAAUCUGCGGCGGUCUUCCGUUGACUCCAUUAGCUCAAUCCUGACCGCUGGCUCUAGAUCUAGGUUCGCUUCGCUUAAAUCAACGGGUAAUUCUGAUAUGGCAAUUUCGGACUCUGAUGAUGACUAUUAUUCCUCAAGAUCUAGAGCUUACUCGGCCAUGCAGUCUAAUUUACCCUUCCAUUCCUUGGAGCACAACAUCAACUUGUACUACACCAAGUACCACGCAAAUUUUUCUGUUCUUCCGUUCUCCCAACAGCUCAUCGUCAGAAUCACGCAUUCCUUGCUUAAUGAUCCAUCCACUCACACGUCCAUGGUUGUCGAGCUCUUCAACACUGCCCUCAACAACUUGAUAUAUUACCAGCAUGUUCCGUUAAGCAGUCUGAUUGCAUUGCUCAGGAAUAUAAUGUCAAUCUACCCAUUCAACCACAACGGCAUUUUGGUGAAUGAUGAUCUUCUUAUUGUGUUUUUCUCAACAUUGGUGCUAGUCAACUACACCAUUCUAAUCAAUGGUGACGUCUAUUCCUUGGGAAUCGCAAUGACAGCGUCAGUUUUUAAUGAUUUCAAACUCCUCGAGAAUUUUGCCUCGCUCGUGAGGGAUCCUAACAGCUCCCGUCUUAACCCGGAUGAUGUUCAGUUGUAUUUGCCCAGACUCUACAUGUGUUUGUACAUGAUUGAUAACACCUACAGCCUCAGCUUCGGUUCUCUGCUGAAUCUCCCAAACAACUAUGGGUUGUUUAUGCAAAACAUAGCUAUUUUGAUGCCAAAUGAGCUCACACACCUGCCAUUCUACUAUAAUGUGCAAGCCUCCGUGGUGAUCAAUGAUUUGGUGAGCCUGAGAGCCGAGUCGGUUUUAUCUACCAUCCUCAAACCUAGGUAUAAAGAGUCAUGGUCUGUGAAGACUUCACCAACGAAUCCAACAAAUUCAAUGGUGCCAAAUUUUGCCUCCCUUUUUGUGUCCUUGAUUAAGGACAAGUACGAGCUUUACGAUAAUUUACUAGAAGUGAUGAGAUUUUUUGAGACCCAUCCGCCGGCGGCUGGCCCCAACCACGGGGACGAUAGUAUACAUGAGACACUUUACGACUUUCAACUCAAGAUCAGUCGUCUUCUUAAGAAACUCACUCAAUCACUUCUAAACUUUGACAACUACAUUUCUACGAUUUAUUCAAACAACAAGUCAAUGUCCAGUGCUGCAGAUCUUAUUGGUCCCUUCUUCAACCUCAGUUAUGGUCAAUCAUUCAAGCUCAUCAAAGCUUGCAAACUUCUUGUUGAUCCAUUGAUGAGAUAUGCUACCGACAGUGAACUUUAUACAAGGUCUGUGAAAAUCAUGAGUGACCUCUCAAUCGCAUACAACUUGUUGGUGAGUAAUGUGAACAACAAUCUUAAUGCUAUCACAAACGCGAGAAAUACUUUGAGCAAUCCCAACAAGUUCACUAGUUUGAGUCCGUCCUCCUCGUCCACUGAACCACUCAAUGUCAGUGGAUUGGGCCAGACUUCGAUAACACUUAUCCUUAGCAAGAUUGAUCAUCAUAACCUUCAAUUCAACAAUGUUCCUGGUCCACCAACAGCAGACUCGUCCAAUUCCAAAGCUGGAAACUUUGGUGCUUGGAGGCGUGAAGUGUCUGAGACAAUCUCAUCCUUCAUUCUCAGGGAAGAUUUGGAUGGUUGGUUCUGA